AAGACCUCUUACUGGGUGCUUUCCAGUCAGCAUCUGUGUCUGUGAUGAAGAGGAUGAGGAUCACUGUGCUCCUUGCUUUCACUCUCACCCUGAUCUCUCAGGGUUACAGCAACCCUGUGGAGAUCAGUAGUCGAGUGUCGGACUCGGAGAUCCAGGCUGUUUCUGAGUCUUUGUUUGCUCUGGACUCAAACAAAGCCUCAGCCUCUGAAGUCGUCAUCAACCCUCAGACCCUCAUCUCUAACUCUGAGACCAGCGCAAAACAAGACCGUGCACCACAGCCUUUGUUCAGUCGUGUGAAUGAAGGCUCGCUGUUCUCUAAGCCAACCUAUAAAGCCCUUAUCGCUUUGCUGGACAACUAUGAGAGUAACACAGGAGUAGCGGAGAGUGUGACCUCAGGGGAGGUACAGGAGCAGGAGACCUUCCUCAAAGAAACCAUAAGAAACACAGCAUUGGGACAACAGCUGUACUCCUUCCUCAACAGCAAAGGGUACUACAGCUCCUGGCAGGAGUUUCUGGAAGAUCUGAAAAUGAUGUGGUUUGGCCUCUACUCGCGCAGCAAUGGCAAGAUGGACUCCAGUGGCUUUGAGCACAUCUUCGCAGGGGAGAUCAAGGGUGGUAAAGUGUCUGGUUUCCAUAACUGGGUGAGGUUUUACCUGUUAGAGAAGAGCGGGAAGCUGAAUUAUUACAGCCACAGCUUUGACGGCCCUUGGUUGUCUUAUCCUGAUGUACUGGGGAAGCAGUUUAUGUGGGAUGGUUACUAUAAGCAGGUUGGCUCCUCCAUCAUUGGCUGCAGCCCUGAGUUCGACCUGGCUCUCUACACGCUCUGUUACGUUACUCGCCCUGGCAAACUAUGUCGUCUGACUUUAGGAGGAAAGCAGCUGAAUAUCCAGACCUACACCUGGGACAAGACCACUUAUGGAGACGGGAAGAAAUACAUUGCCUCUGCAUAUCCUGCAACUCCAUGAUCAAAUCCAGCAUAUAAUUCCACUUAAUUACUAAAGCAAUAUUAAUGAAUUUUACUAAUUCUGUUCUAAAAGCAUAAAUCAAAUGCAAUAUAGUUAUAAGAAAAUAUUUUUUUAUUUUUAAUUUUUUUUUCUUUUGUAGUGUUUGUGUUUAGUUAUACAAUUACCGGUACUACCACCUUUUUCUUUUAAUCGGUGUUUAAUGUUUGCUUACAAUGAAACAAAAAAAAAUAAAAACAAUAAAUGUUCAUUACGCAAUUUAAA